AUGAGAUACAAUCAGAUUUUAGAAAAGCCUGGCGUUUCAAAUCAUCUCGAAUAUUUAUGGUUCCUAAAUACUGCUGUCACAGAUAAACAAGCAACACAUAAGAAAUGGGUUGAAAUUCUUAACAAUAUCUGGAAACAUCAUCCUAUUCAGCGUUGGUUUAGAAGUUCUACUUGUGGAAUUGAAAUUAAAUCAGUAAAACCAAUCAGUAAUCCAAUUGAUCCAAUAGCCAUCACGAAUUCAAAGACUAGUGUCAAAAAUUAUCAGUAUGAAAUCAAAUCUCAAGCUGUCUCAAAAUUCUGGACGCAUAUUGAAAAAGCAAAGCUGGGAAACAAAUUAUUUAUACACUUCAAUAGAGUUACAGAACUAGUUGAAAAUAGAAAUAAAUUUCUAGAGUCCGAAUAUGAUGAACUUUCAAGCCAUUCAGGUUUUGAUAAUGAUGAAGAACCAAAUGAAGAAGAAUAUUUUCCACACAUUAUAGACCUUGAUAAUGUAACAGAAUGAUAUAGACCUGUACGGUUGAAGAGUGGACAAGUAUUAUUUCUGAAUCACGAUUACC